CCCACGCAGCCGGUGCCCCCAGUCACAACUCAUCACAAGCCUGCACACUAAGCACUCCGGCCAGCGAGCAACCAAACGCACCCGGCCAACUUGAACAUGAGCUCGAACUCGUGCCCGGCUGCCGCCGCUGCAACAUUCACAACUCCACCCGGCGCCCAUCCCCUGCCGCUGGACGCCGACGCGUUCCGGCGCCAGGGCCGGCAGGUGGCGGACUUCAUCGCGGACUACUACGACCGCAUCGAGGACUACCCCGUCCGCCCUAACGUCUCCCCAGGGUUCCUCGCCGCGCAGCUCCCGGACGCGGCACCAUCAUGGCCGGAGGAACCCGACGCGCUCGCCUCGGCGCUGCGCGACGUCCGGGACCUCAUCCUUCCUGGCCUCACCCACUGGCAGAGCCCGCGCCAUUUCGCGCACUUCGCGGCCACGGCCAGCAACGCGGGCGCGCUCGGCGAGUUCCUGGCCGCCGGGCUCAACGUGAACCCUUUCACGUGGGCCGCCUCGCCCGCCGCGGCCGAGCUCGAGGUCGUCGUCACGGACUGGCUCGGCCAGGCGCUGGGCCUACCCGAGAAGCUCCUCUUCCGCGGCGGCAGCGGCGGCGGGGGCACGCUGCUGGGCACGUCCUGCGAGGCCAUGCUGUGCACGAUCGUCGCGGCAAGGGACCAGAAGCUCUUGAAGAUCGGCGAGGACAGGAUCGGCGACCUUGUCGUUUACUGCUCCGACCAGACGCAUUUCUCGUUCAAGAAGGCCGCGCGCGUGGCCGGCAUCCGGCGCGGGAACUGCCGGGUGAUCCCCACGCGGUUCGAGGACGGGUUCGCGCUCUCGCCCGCCGCGCUGGCAGCCGCCGUGCGUGACGACGUGGCGAGGGGAAAGGUCCCGCUGUUCCUCUGCGCGACGGUGGGCACCACGGCGACCGGCGCCGUGGACCCUGUCCGCGAGCUCUGCGCCGCCGUGGGAGCGGGACAUGGCAGCGGCGUGUGGGUGCACGUGGACGCGGCGUACGCGGGCGGCGCCUGCGUGUGCCCGGAGUUCCGGCACGUGGCGGCGGGAGCGGAGGAGGCCGACUCGUUCAGCACCAACCCGCACAAGUGGCUGCUUGCCAACAUGGACUGCUGCGCGCUGUGGAUCAGGCGGCCCGGGCUGCUGGUCGCCGCGCUCGGCGCCGGGGAAGACGAAGACGCGAUCCUAAACAAGGCGCCACCGGCCGCGCGCGGCAUGCAGGCCGACUUGAUGGUGGACUACAAGGACUGGCAGGUGCCGCUGAGCCGGCGGUUCCGGGCGCUGAAGCUGUGGCUGGUGCUCCGGUGCCACGGCGUGGAAGGGCUCCGCGGCGUGGUGCGCGGCCACGUCCGCAUGGCCGCCGCCUUCGAGGCCAUGGUCCGCGCCGACCCGCGCUUCGAGGUGCCCGUGCCCCCGGCGUUCGCGCUCGUGUGCUUCCGCCUCCGCCCACUAGCUGCUCAUCCAGGCAGCAGCAGCGGCAUUGACGAGGUGAACGGGAGGCUGCUGGAGGCGGUGAACGGGACGGGGCGGGCGUACAUGAGCGGCGCCGUGGUGGGGGGAGCCUACGUGCUGCGGUGCGCCGUCGGGAACUCGCUCACGGAGGACCGCCACGUCCGGGAGGCCUGGAGCGUCGUGCAGGAGCAGGCCGACGCUAUCUUGGCCCCGUCCGACGACGAGGACCGUUGUUGCACGGAUCAGAUUCAGACCGAAAUGGAAUUACAACGACGGCCGCUCGGCGCUGCUGCCGACGUAUUUGCUUAAGCAGUGUACACUGUUUCAUUUGCAUGGUAGUACUAGUGGCAGCGUGAGCAUGACAUAGUGUAUUAGUGUGGCCAUGCAUGUUUUAUCUGCAUGCAUGACAUAGUGUAUUAGCGUGAGCAUGGUAGUACGUUUGAGCCCUGAUCGAGUGCACGCACGCACGUACGCGUAUGUGUUGCAUAUAAUCUCGCGCGCGCGUUUGUCACGUAUGCAUGCAACUCUUUUACUCCCCGCCGUCCCGAUUGUAUCUGGAAAGUUAUCACACCCGACAAAAAUGAAUCUGUUGAAAUCGACGUUUACCU